AGGACCAUAUAUCCAACGCCAGUAGAGAAGAAAGGACAUGAAUGAAUGUAGUAGCUCAAGCUGAGUAUUGAUUCAAUGACCCUCAUGGCUUCUGCAAUCUCUGCUCCUACUGCUUCUUCUUCACUAUCAUCAUUCACUAACAGAAGACUUUCUUUGACUGCCCUUUCAAAUUCUUCCAUUUUAGCUCCCAAAGUUCAGUUGUUGAAGUGGAUUCCUUACUCGGGUCUCACCCCUUUCUCUUCUUGGAAUGGACUGAAGCAACUCUCCAUUUCAAAAUCUCAAUAUUCAGUACAAAUUGUGAUUGUGUUUACAGGAAGAAGUAGAAAACAUAAAGGGAAAGGUGUUUAUGCAUCUCUGUUUGGUGUUGGUGCACCUGAGGCACUAGUAAUUGGGGUUGUGGCCUUGCUUGUGUUUGGCCCUAAAGGUCUUGCCGAGGUUGCUCGUAACCUGGGGAAAACUUUGCGUGAAUUUCAACCUACUAUCAGAGAACUUCAGGAAGUUUCAAGGGACUUCAAGAGCACACUUGAGCGAGAGAUUGGACUUGAUGACAUUAAAGGUUCAGGCCAAGACACAAUUAAGUCUAGCACAACUUCAAGACAGGAGGUUGAUCCCAAUGGUUCUCCAUUGCCAAGCAUAGCUUCCUCAAGUGAGGAGGACAUGGAAAGGCUGCUGAGAAUCGCUGAGGCUGAAAAACAAGCUGAGAAAGACCUUGCAUCCUUACUUGAAAGUCAAUCUGAAUCCCAAACUGUGUCGCAAGUAGCAGAUAAUUCUUCUUCAGCAUACUCAACUGAAGAUUACUUGAAGAUCACCGAGGAGCAGCUAAAAGCAGCUGCUCAGCAGCAGAAUGAGACAUCUAUUCCCGAGCAAAGCUCCUUCAACGCCCAAAGCCUGUCGCAAGCGGAUAACUCAUCUUCCUCAGAUGGAGCAUAUUCAACUGAAGAGGUUUCGAAGAUCACUGAGCUGCAGCCAUCUUCUCCCCAGCAAAGCCUCUCCAAUGCCCAAAGCCAGUCGGAAGAAACUCUGAAAGAAGCUGCCUCGGCAAUCCCUUCUUCCCAGAAGCCUGAGAGUGAGACAUAGGGCAGUUAACAUUGCGAUUGUGUACUGUAGUCCUUGUUAUUUUUUAAAUGAUUGAAUAUUGUAGUAUUAUUAUUCUUAAGAUGCUUUUUGAACUUGGAGAUCUUUUGCUCGGAGAAACAAUUUUGUACAUUAUAGCCAUUGGAAGAGUGUUGUAUCACAUAUCACUUAUUAGUCAUACUCUGUUGUA